AUGGAGGAAGAAUUAGGGCAAAAGUUGGAGAGCGUGUCGAUUGCGGAAGCAGAAAACCUAGUCAUUGACAUUGAGCCUAAAGAUGUUAGCAUCAGCGCGGAGGAGUGCAACCGCAUUUUGUUUGGUAAUCACGGGGAUAGGAAGGCUAACUGGCUUGGAUUGCAGCGUACCAUGGGUUUGCUAUGGAAAAUACGUAACUCACUGGAAGUUAGAGAGAUUUCAUCCAAUUAUUUUCAGUUCAUUUUUCCAACUCGAAAUGCUCUCUUGAAAAUUGAUCUAGGUCGUAGCUGGAUGUUUGAAAAUCAGCACUUGAUCCUAACUGAGUGGACAAAAGGGCUAUCUGGUAGCCAUGAAAAGUUUGGAGAACUCCUUAUAUGGGUUCAAGUGUACAUGGUGCUGAUUAAUUGGCUGAGUACGGAUGUCGGCCUGAAGAUAGAAAGAGCAUUCAAAGGAAUCCGAAAUGUUAAUUUGGCGCAUGUUGGGAAUGGAGGAGGCCGGAUUAUUCGUAUUCAGGUCGUUCUAGACAUGAAUCAACCGCUCCCUAGGUGGUCCUUCAUAAGAUUGGGUCAGUAUGGUGAUUGGCUUCGUGCACCGGAAGGUUAUUCUCUCACAGGCUCCCCCUUGGCUAGUAAUAAUAGUGAACCUUCUUCCUCUGGAAAGCAGUCUGUGGAAAACUUCAUAAACAAGUCUCAGAGUACAUCCUCUGGUCUGAGGAAUGCUGACCAAAUGUUAGGGAGUUGUGCUAUGCUUGCUGUUAAUGAUCCCAACCCAACAUCUCUAAUUGAACCUGGUAAUCUUUUGGAUUUUAUUCUAGAAGGGGAAGAGCACAAAAUGGAAAUCAUAGAGGCAAAUGUCCAGUCCCUGGAGAAAGGGAAGGAAGUAGCUACCACAUCUCCUAAUCAGAGAAAGUGGAUGAGGGCAUCGGCUAGAGUGGGGAAAAAAGCAACAGGGUCUCAACUUAAAAGCUCUCACAAUGACCCUCAGGGUGCCAAAAGAUCCAGACUGCCACUUCAAUUUGUUAAUAAAGAUGGGACCUCAAUUGGGGAAGAAGGGGAGAAGAGGAAGAAGGGAGGCCGUUUUGAGGACGGUCUCGACAGUGAGGAGGAUGCCGACGUGAACCCUAGGAGGAAGAAGCCGCAACAGGGCGGCCUCAACGAGAUAUUAACGCUCAGCCCGGCACAUCAAAACGAGGCCGGCACUUCUAGGGACAGAAAGAGAAACCGGUCCCCAUUGCCAGAGGCCGAUAAGAUUUACCUCCCACCUCGGCGCGUGAACACCAACCGAGGUGAAUCUCUCCUUUCGAGGAGGCAGACUAAGGCUUAUGCCCGGUAG